AGAAAUUGCUAAUGGAUGCAUGCCUUAAAUCAAUCCCUGCCUUGUUGCAUAAACAGCGUGGAAAUAUCUAACUUUCCAUUCUGGAAUACCUCUUUCAUCAUGAUCACAUCCUCAGUGGCGGAGUCUUCUCAGAAUCUUGUGAUAAGGACGAGCAAAACAGCAAACCAGAAAAAGAGAUUCAGUGUCGCUGAAAUGGCUAAGGAAUCUUUACAGUAUCUUAGCGGAUUCCGGAACGAGUUUCAUUCUGAAGAUCCUAGAUGUCCCGGGUCUUUGCCAACAAAACAGAAUAACCCUCAACGUUGUCCGUACGGGCUCUAUCCUGAACAGUUGUCUGGGACUUCCUUUACUUCUCCUAGAGAGACGAACAGUCGCAGUUGGCUCUACCGAAUUCGUCCUUCAGUUCUGCAUACUCCAUUCAAAAAACUUCCUCUUGGCAACUUAUCAACAAACUGGGACAUAUUUGAGCCAAAUCCGAAUCAGCUCAAAUGGGAUCCUUUUGACAUACCAGAUGUUGAAGAUAGAAGGGUGGACUUUGUUCAGGGUUUAAAUACAGUGUGUGGGGCUGGAGACCCAAAAGAUCGUCAUGGAAUUGCUAUCCAUAUGUUUCUGUGUAACACAUCUAUGGAAGACAAGUGUUUUUACAACUCGGAUGGAGAUUUCUUGAUAGUGCCUCAACAAGGGAAACUUUGGAUAACCACUGAAUUCGGAAAGAUGCUUGUUGAACCAAACGAAAUUUGUGUCAUUCAGCAAGGGAUGAGAUUCUCUGUUGAACUGAAAGGCCCCACUCGUGGAUAUAUUCUAGAAGUCUAUAAUAAUCAUUUCGUUCUGCCGCCACUUGGACCAAUAGGCGCCAACGGAUUGGCUAACCCACGUGGCUUUCUUACCCCUGUGGCUUGGUAUGAAGAUAAGGAAGUUAACAAAUAUACAGUGAUCAACAAGUUUCAAGGACAUCUGUUCGCUGCUUGCCAGAAUCACUCUCCGUUUGACGUGGUUGCUUGGCAUGGAAACUAUGUUCCUUACAAAUAUAACUUGUCAGACUUCAUGGUAUUCAACACUGUUUCUUUUGAUCACGCGGAUCCUUCUAUUUUCACCGUUCUCACUUGUCCUUCGACCAGACCUGGAGUAGCCAUCGCUGACUUUGUUAUAUUCCCCCCACGAUGGUCAACUGCAGAAAAUACUUUUCGCCCACCAUAUUAUCACCGUAAUUGCAUGAGUGAGUUUAUGGGCCUGAUUUAUGGCUCUUACGAAGCCAAGGAGGAUACUUUAAAACCAGGUGGGGCUACUUUACACAACAUAAUGACACCUCACGGUCCAGACAGUAACUGUUUUGAAAAAGCAUCCAAUGCACAGCUGGUUCCAGAAAAAGUAGCUGAAGAAACAAUGUCAUUUAUGUUCGAGUCUUGUCUAAAUAUGACUGUGACUGAUUGGGCUUGUAAUACUUCGCUGAAAUUGGACGUAAACUACCCCAAGUGCUGGCAAAAUCUAAAGAAAAUGUUUAAUCCUAAGCUGAUGAGUUUAAAGCCUAAUAUCAAUGGCGAAGCAUACACGUCUAUCUACCGAUCACCUAUACAUGCUGAGGAUAAUGAUGUGGGAAAUGCUGACACAGCUGUCCACAACUAAAUGAAUGAAAUUAUCAGAAGACUCAUAAGACUGUAGCCUGAAAUCUAAUUAUUCACUUAACACGACAUAUGUUUUAAGUUUGAUUAUAGUAUUUGUAACCAAAGGCUUAUCUAGAAAACAGUGGAAAGAAAUCAUUGAAUUAUUAUAGGAGAUAAUAUAGAACCAUUUUUACAUUAAUUUGAUCGAUUUUUCACGAACAGGGAAAUUAUUCAUAUAAUAAAACAUGAAGAUUAUUAUGAGA